GCAACUGUUUUUGGAGUUUCCACAGAAUCUAUGCAGUUGUCAUACGAUUCCAGAGGGAACAGUGUGCCAACAAUAUUGCUACUAAUGCAAAGACACUUGUAUGGUCGAGGAGGCUUGCAGUUAGAAGGGAUUUUCAGAAUAAAUGCAGAAAAUAGUCAGGAGGAGUAUGUGAGGGACCAAUUAAAUAGUGGAGUGAUACCAGAUGGUGUUGAUGUGCACUGUUUGGCAGGACUUAUCAAGGCUUGGUUUAGAGAACUGCCAAUUGGGGUUCUGGAUUCUUUAUCACCUGAGCAGGUAAUGCGAUGCCAGACAGAAGAGGACUGCAUUGAGCUUGUGAGGCUUCUACCCCCAACAGAAGCUGCUCUAUUGGAUUGGGCUAUCAAUCUGAUGGCUGAUGUUGUGCAACUAGAACAUCUAAACAAGAUGAAUGCACGCAACAUAGCAAUGGUUUUUGCACCAAAUAUGACUCAGAUGGCGGACCCCUUGACUGCAUUGAUGUAUGCAGUUCAAGUGAUGAACUUCCUUAAGACACUUAUAUUGAGAACAUUGCGGGAAAGAGGAGAUUCUGUUGUAGAGCAGAGUCCAGUUUCACAUUUGGAGCCUUUUGAUGAGAAUGGACACCAGAGCCCUUCAGAAUCCUGUGUGCAAGUUGCUGAAAGAGAUGGUGAAGAGAUUGAGCAAGCCUUCAUUGCUGAGGAACCUGUCAUAGAAGGUUCCACAAACUUUGGCCAGAAGAAUGAGAUAACUGAUGGAGAAGAUCACGGUCCUGUAACCUAUGUCGAGAAAUUAACUGCUGAUAACGAGCAGUCUCAUCAGACUCCAGCUCAAGUUGACACCUUAACUUGUGAAACAGGUGCUUGUGAAUUCAAUGGUCGAAAAGCGGGUCUUCAGGCAAAAACUGGAAAGUCCAUGAUUGGCCAGUCAAGUGAAUCAAAUCUUAAAAGAGGCCCCAGAAGAUUUGACAGGCAACAGAGUGUGCUUGGCAUACCAGGAACUGCUGAAAAGACUAAGGGAAUCAGCAAUCUGAGCUGUAUAGAUUCGAGGACAGAGCGUAUUGAAGCUUGGCGAUGAAAAAGGCUCAUCUUCAGUUAUAAACCAACUGAUCCUAUGACAAAGUGACACUCAAAGUUUGCAACAUGUGAGGGGAAGUUUGUGAAUUGUCUUGUAUGUUUUCAGUGUGCUUGGUGGUUGCUUAACCUAUUCUAGUUUGACUGAUACUAUACUUCCAUGGUAUGACUAACAUUCUCUGCUUUUAUGUCUACCAUUUACUUGACAUUGGAAUUUCAUUGAUGUGGUUUCUUGUAUUUAUUUUCAUUAUUGCAUGACUAUUAUAUUUC